AUGACAAGCGAGUCCGCCACCGUGAUCCAGAUGGACGACGGCAGGGCCCCGGUUGUCGCAGCAGCAGCACCACCAGCACCAGGAGCCACCGCCGCCGCGUCGUCGUCCUACGCCACUGCUCCAACAAGUAGCAGUGCUGCUGAACCGGCAGCGGCGCCGCGCAAGACGAGCACCGGUGGCGGUGGGCUCCCGUUCCUGCUGCGCUCCGGUGCCGGGGGGUUCCGGCGCUGCCUGGCCGUGAUCGACUUCCUGCUGAGGGUGGCCGCGUUCGGCCCCACGCUGGCUGCCGCCAUCUCCACGGGCACCGCCGACGAGAGGCUGUCCGUGUUCACCAACUUCUUCCAGUUCCACGCGAGGUUCGACGACUUCCCGGCCUUCACCUUCUUCCUCGUGGCCAACGCCGUCGCCGCGGGGUACCUGGUGCUCUCGCUGCCAUUCUCCGUCGUGGGCAUCCUCCGGCCCAACAAGGCCACGGGCGUCAGGCUGCUCCUGCUCAUCUGCGACGUGGUGAUCAUGGCGCUGCUCACGGCGGCCGCCGCCGCCGCCGCGGCCAUCGUGUACGUGGCGCACUCGGGCAACCGGCGCGCCAACUGGGUGCCCAUCUGCUUUCAGUUCCAUGGCUUCUGCCAGCGCACCAGCGGCUCCGUCGUCGCCACCUUCCUCGCCGUGCUCGUCUUCAUCGUGCUCAUCCUCAUGGCCGCCUGCGCCAUCAGACGCAGGCCCAGCUAG